CUGUUCAUCUUUGACGGCCUGGAUGAAAGCAGACUUUCACUGGAUUUCAACAACAAAGAGCUCGUGUCUGAUGUCACACAGGAGUCAUCAGUCAGCGUGCUGUUGACAAGCCUCAUCAAGGGGAAUCUGCUUCCCUCGGCUCUCAUCUGGAUAACUUCCAGACCUGCAGCAGCCAAUCAGAUCCCUCCUUCAUGUGUUGACAGGGUAACAGAAGUACGAGGCUUCACUGACGCUCAGAAGGAGGAGUACUUCAGGAGGAGAGUCAGUGAUGAAGAUCUGUCCAGCAGAAUCAUCUCACACAUCAAGACCUCCAGGAGCCUCCACAUCAUGUGUCUGAUCCCAGUCUUCUGCUGGAUCACUGCUACAGUUCUGGACCACAUGUUGACCACAGACCAGAGAGGAGAGCUGCCCAAGACCCUGACUGACCUGUACUCACACUUCCUGCUGGUUCAGACAAAGAGGAAGAAGAAGAAGUACGAUGAAGGACAUGAGACGAGUCCACAGGAGCUGACGGAGGCUGACAGGGAAGUUCUUCUGAAGCUGGGGAGGCUGGCGUUUGAACAGCUGGAGAAAGGAAACAUCAUGUUCUACCAAGAAGACCUGGAGCAGUGUGGUCUGGAUGUCACAGAGGCCUCGGUGUACUCAGGAGUUUGUACAAAGAUCUUCAAAAGAGAGAGUGUGAUCUUCCAGAAAACAGUCUACUGCUUUGUUCAUCUGAGCGUUCAGGAGUUUCUGGCUGCAGUCUACCUGUUCCACUGUUACACCAACAAGAAGACAGAGGUACUGAAGGACUUCCUGAAAGAGAAGAAGGAGGAGGAGGAGGAUUACUCCACCCUGGAUGUCUUCCUGAAGAAGGCCAUGGAGAAAUCCCUUCAAAGUAAAAAUGGUCACCUGGACCUGUUUGUUCGCUUCCUUCAUGGCCUCUCUCUGGAGUCCAACCAGAGACUCUUAGGAGGCCUGCUGGGUCAGACAGACAACAGUCCAGAAAUCAUCCAGAGAGCCAUCAACAACCUGAAGGAGAUGAACAGUGAUGAUAUCUCUCCUGACAGAAGCAUCAACAUCUUCCACUGUCUGAUGGAGAUGAACGAUGACUCAGUCCAUCAGGAGAUCCAAGAGUUCCUGAAGUCAGAGAACAGAUCAGAGAAGGAACUCUCUGAGAUCCACUGCUCAGCUCUGGCCUACAUGCUGCAGAUGUCAGAGGAGGUUCUGGAUGAGUUGGACCUGAAGAAGUACAACACAUCACGGGAGGGACGACGCAGACUGAUUCCAGCUGUGAGGAACUGCAGAAAGGCUGAACUUUCUAACUGUGAACUCUCAGAGAGUCACUGUGAAGUCGUGGCCUCAGCUCUGAAGUCCAACCCCUCCCAUCUGACAGAGCUGGACCUGAGUUUCAACGACCUGGAAGAUUCAGGAAUGAAGCUGCUGUGUGCUGGACUGGAGAAUCCAAACUGUAAACUUGAGGCUCUGAGAUUGAGGGGCUGCAGGUUGUCAGAGAUCAGCUGUGCUUCUCUGGCCUCAGCU